AUGUCAGUCUCGCAGGCCAUGUCGACAUGGGCGUACAUUCCGGCGGAGCUGCUAUAUCGAAUAUUGGCCCACUUCGUCGGGGCGCCGGGCCAGCAUGCAAUUCUGGCCGCCUGCCGCUUGGUGAACUGCCAUUGGAGCUUGUGGGCGACGGGAUCCACAACUUCCCUGGCGCCCCGCGGUGUCCCCCUCUCCUUCGUCGUCUCCGAGCUGCCCCGCAUCUUCUCAAACAUCGCCAGCCUCAAGCUGGGAGCCGUUUCGAGUCUGAAGGGGCCUAGCCUGCACGCCCUGAGCGGCGUGACAGCCCUUACCGCGCUGGACCUUUCGAAGUGUUCCUUGGGGCCCUCCACAGAGUGGGGUCCAUCCCUUGGGGCCCUCACCAGGCUGCUGCGCCUGGACUUGAGAGGCUGCCAGCUGUCGGACGAAGGGCUGGCGGCCAUGGGCCCCCUGGUCGGGUUGACCUUCUUGAGCCUGCGGGAGUGCCGGGGGGUGGGGGACAAGGGGCUCAGGGCAGUGGCGGGCCUCUCCGCACUGCAGCAUCUCGACCUGCGGGGGUGGCCACGGCUGUCAGCCAACAGGUGGUGGAGGAAGGGCGUGGGCGACACGGGUGUUGCUGCCCUCGGCGGCCUGCGGGACAUCCGCCACCUUGACCUGUUCGGGUGCAGCAGCGUGACGGACACCGGCAUCCGGGACCUGGGGACCGCAGCGACGCUGGAGGAGCUCAUCGUUCAGAGGUGCGACAAGAUGAGCGACUUCGGCCUGGCUGGGCUGAGCAGCCUAAGCCGUCUGGCCACCCUGGACAUGUCGCAGUGCCCCAAGGUGACACAAUGGGGCCUCAAGGAGCUGUGCGUCUCGCUGCGGCGCUUGGACCUUUCGGACUGCGUGGCGGUCUCCAGCGCCUCCUUCCUGUCGGCCCUCACUCGCCUCGUCCAUUUGGACAUGUCCGGCUUGGCAAGCCUAGAAGACGACAGCCUGACAGCCUUGUCCUGCCUGCAGGACCUGAGAAUCUUGUGCUUGGCCAGGUGUGGGGUUUCCGACGCCGGACUCGUCGGCCUGACAGCCAUGAGCCGGCUGACGCACCUGGACCUGGGCGGCUGCGCCCGGGUGGUGGACCUGGGCCCACCGGGCCCACCGCCCCUCGCCAACCCCCGCAGCCUCAGCCACCUCAACCUCGCGGGCUGCGGAAGCCUGCGGGACCGCGGGCUGGCCCGGCUGGCGCCCUGCGGCGGGCUCACACACCUGGACCUGGCGAACUGCUCCAGCGUGAGCGGGGAGGGCCUUGGCGCGCUGGCCAUGCUGACCGCGCUCAGGCAGCUCAACCUGGUCGGCUGCACGGGGAUCUUCGGCGACGACGACUUCGAGCAGCUGACGGCGCUGAGCGAGCUGAGGCGCCUGGGGCUGAGAUGCGGCAUCAAGCUGGGCAGGGCGGUGUCCAGGUUUCUGGCUUCGCGGCCGGGGCUGCAGAUUCAUUUCGCCUGA